AUGAUCCAAAUCGUUGAGUGCAAUAAGAAAAGUAAUAAUAAUGAACCGGUGAAUAUUUUUAAAGAAGAAACUGUUGAAUACAUUAAAAGUAAUAAUAGUGAACUAAGCAUUAAGAGUAAUAAUGGUGAACCAAGCAUUAAGAGUAAUAAUGAUCAACUAGUGGAAAUUUAUAAUGAAAAGACUAUUGAAUACA